AUGGAAUCAUUUAAUCGCAUUGCAAAUGAACCAUUUAUUCGUGUGCGUCUUGAUCGUUUUUUCGUUGGAAAACAACUUCAACCAUUAGAAAAUAUUGAAAUAAGAGUUGACACAGCCGAUCCACCACUAUUUUUAAUGCGUCAACCAAAAUUUCCAACAUAUGAUGACAAUGAUGGUGCUUUAUAUUUUACGACACAUACUAAACAAGGCCGUCAAAUAACUAUAAACAUUUAUAUUGAUGAAAACAAGACGAAUUAUAUUUAUCAAACUCAAAUUGAAGAUUUAAUUCGACAUGCUGAUCAAUUUAUUCGAGAAAACACAAACUCAGUUGCAAUGCCGACAGUUUUGCAUAAUUUUUUACAUGAACCAAGUUUUCUACCUGCUUUUUGUGAUCAUGAUGGUAAAUUGAUACGUCCAUUUCAAUCCUGGAAAUGUUCAAAAUGUGGAAUGAUUACUCAUUCAAAAUGUAAAUCAAAGGUAGCACAAUUUUGUGGUAACAGACAAAGAACAGCUCAAAUGUAUGAACAAUGGAAAGAACUUAAUAAAUCAACUUUAAAUGAUAUAUUUAUGUUACCUGAAGAAUGUACUACACCAGAAAUAGAAGAAAAUAGUCGAAACUUAUUAAUGGGUAUUCAUGAAAGACUACAACAUGAACAUAAACGUGAUGAUGCUCUAAUCGAUUUACAUGCAAUUACAAAAAAGUAUGAACGACCAGAAAAUCUCAAUCAAAGUUCAUCACUUUAUUAUAAUGAAAGUAAAAUUCUUCUUAAUAAAUUAAAAUUUGUUACAAUACUUGGACAUGGAACGAGUGGAUCUGUAAUAAAAUAUUCCGAACGUGAGUUUGCAUUGAAAGCACUUCGUAAACAUCGAAUAUUUCAAGCUAAUGUAUAUGAAUAUGUUAAAAAUGAACGAGAUAUUUUAGUAAUAUCUCGUGAAAAUCCAUUUAUUAUUCAAUUAUAUGCAGUUUUUCAUGAUUUUGAACGAGUUUAUUUUUUACUUGAAUAUGCUCCUUGUGGAACUUUUUACGAAUUUUUAUCAAGAUUUCGACCUAUAUUUGAUAAUGUAUGUAUUAAAUGGUUCUCAGGUCAAAUUAUUUGUGCUCUUAGUUAUCUUCAUUCGAAAUUAGUAAUUCAUAGAGAUUUAAAGCCUGAAAAUAUUCUUUUAAUGCGAAAUGGUCGCAUAAAAUUGGCAGAUUUCGGUCUUUGUAAAAAAUUGACUUAUAGCACAGAAACAACACGUACAUUUUGUGGUACAACUGAAUAUAUAGCACCAGAAAUUUAUCAAAAUAUGAAUUAUAGCUUUCCUAUUGACUAUUGGUCAUUGGGUAUAAUGAUCUAUGAAAUGGUUGUAUUCGACACUCCAUUUAAUGGCGUAGACGAAUUUGAAAUAAAAGAAAAUGUAAUUCAUAGAGAUUUUCAAUAUCCAAAUCAUAUUUCAUUUGAUCUUCAAACAAUUUUAAUUGGUUUAUUAAAAAAAGAUCCAAUAGAACGUUUUGGUAUAUAUGAACUCAAGUCAAGUAAUUUUUAUUCAUCUCCAUAUUCACUAGAAGAUAUUGAACAAGAAAAAUUACCAUGUCCAUGGAAAAGUCCAAUUCCUUCUAAUCUACUAAAUGAGAGUUUAUCAACACAAGAUAUUGGUCUAUCAUAUAUCGAUAAACAAGCAUUAUGUACCACACUUACUAUAGAUAAUAAUAAAUUUCGUAGUUUUUCAUUUAUUGAUCCUUCAUUAAGACUAUAA